CUGGAGCUUCACCCUGACACGGUUGCACAAAUACCGGCAUGUCCAUGCCGUUUUGGUUCUCCUUUGGUCUUUUGUCGCUGGAGGAUUAUAAUGCAGCAGUUUUUCAGAAAACAGCUGGACUCAUCGAGACUGAAGAUUCUCUAGGAGACUGAACGCUUCGGUGUGUGUCUGUGUGUGCGUGCUGGUAGUUUUUUCGGAGUGCUGGACUGACGCACGGAUACUGCAGCAGAACUGCAGGGGCCUAGACGCUAACCUGGAGGACAUGAGGACCCAGUGGAACCCCCGCCCCUGAGCUCAAAACCCCACUGCUACUGCUGCACAUUCUGCUGAGCUGAGCAGAGCUCUCAGAGGCCGAUAGGAUGCUGACAGAUCGUGAUGGAGCUCGAGAUGAAGCACAGAAGCUGCACAGGAAAUGGAUGAAGCACCAGGCCUUCAUGGCCGAACUCGCCCGCAACAAAGAAUGGCUUGCCAAGAUUGAACAGGAGGGCGUGGAGCUUAUCCAGGAAAAGCCUGAGUUGCGAUCUGUGGUGGAGAUGAAAUUGAAGGAAAUCCAAGAGUGUUGGUCUCACCUGGAGAACACCACCAAAGUAAAGGCUCGCCAGCUCUUUGAAACUCAGAACCAUCGGACUAGCGAUUUGCCCACUAACAGCCUCAGUGACCUGGACCAGCAUCUGAACGUCAUACAGGAGCAGUCACCCACACUGGGCUCCACCCACACCACACAACCCACCCUCCUUCAGCCCCGCCCUACUUUCAGCCAGCAACUACAGAGGAUUCAAUCGAUGGAGGCCCAGAUGCAGCUUUAUCAUGGUGUUGGUGAAGUGAGGGGGAGAGAUGAUCAGCAAGAACCAGAGGGGGAGGAGCAAGGAGGCGUGGUGGAGACAAGAAUUGUGCGUCUCAUUGAACCUCUAAAGGAGAGGAGGCGGAUCCUUCUUGCUUCCAAAGAAAUGUACCAAGUCACCCAGGACCUGGAGGAUGAAAUUAUAUGGAUUCAAGAGCGGUUGCAUCUGGCCUCAUCUACAGAAUAUGGAACCAAUCUGCCGAGUGUCCAACAUUUAAUAAAAAGUCAUGAGGCUCUACAGAUGGAGAUGCAGGCUCGAAGGGGCCAUGUCGAGGAGGUACUGGAGAGGGCGGAGGCCGUCGCUGCCUUGCGGACCCCCGAGGUGGAGCUUGUGCGGGAGGGGGCGGAUCAUGUAAGGCAGAUGUGGGAGGUGCUCCAGGUAGAGAUGGAACGUCGCACAGUAAUGCUGGAUGCUGUAAGCCACGCCCAACAGUACUACACCCAAGCAGCAAAGGCAGAGUCUUGGCUCAGUGGGCAGAAACUUCAGGUCCUCAAUGAUGAAAAAGGAAACGAUGAGACAAGCACUCUUAGGUUACUGAAGGAACAGUUGACCUUAGAGCAGACAGUGGAGAAUUAUGCAGAAACAGUGGGCUCACUGUCCCAGCAGUGCCGUCACAUGCUUGAGUUGGGACAUCCCGAUAGUGAGCAGAUCACCAAACAGCAGGCUCAUAUAGACCGGCUGUAUGUGUCUCUGAAAGAUCUGGUGGAGCAGAGGAAGACAAAGUUGGAGCAGCAGUACUGGUUAUAUCAGCUGAAACGAGAGGUGGAGGCGCUGGAGAAAUGGAUCUCUGAGAGAGAGUCUGUAGCCAGCUCCACUGAGCUCGGCCGGGACCUGGAGCAUGUCACGGGUUUGCAGGGGAGCUUCACCAAAUUCUCCUCUGAAACGCGUUCAGUGGGCCAGAAGCAGAUGGAUUCUGUCAAUAAGAUGGUGAAUGAGAUGAUUGACUGCAGUCACUCUGAUGCUGCGACCAUAGCAGAGUGGAAGGACGGUCUGAACGAGUCCUGGGCAGAUCUACUGGAGCUUAUGGAGACCAGAACACAGAUGCUGGCUGCCUCAUACCAGCUGCACAAAUUCUUCACCGACUGUCAGGAGGUGCUGGUCCAGAUUGAGGGUAAGAUGAGACAGCUGCCAGAGGUGAGGUCCUGUCAAGUGAGCUCUGCCAACCCUGGCACACUGCAGAGACUCGUACACUCUUUUGAGCAUUCGCUGCAGCUCCUGGUCUCACAGGUGCGUCAGCUGCAGGAAAAUGCUGCUCAGCUGCGGGCGAUUUAUGCAGGGGAGAAAGCAGAUGCCAUUUUUAGCCGUGAGCAGGAAGUGAUGCAGGCCUGGAAAGAGCUCCUGGUUGCCUGUGAGGGCAGUCGUGUACAGAUCACCACAGUAACCGAUAAGAUACAGUUCUUCGCUGUGGUGCGGGAACUGAGCAUGUGGAUGGAUGGAAUCAUGGGGCAGAUUGGCUCAGCCGACGACGCAAGGGACCUCAAUGUGCUGGAGGGCAUGAUGUCUCAGCAUCAGUGUCUAAAGAGUAAGAUGGAUAACAAGAGCAAGAACUUCGUGCAUUGCGUGGAGAUGGGAAAGAUGCUGCUCGCUGCACGCAACCCUGCAGCUGAAGAGGUAAAGGAAAAGCUGGAGUAUGUCAUAGCAAAGCAGAAAAACCUUAAUGAGCGAUUGGAACUGCACUGGGAGAAGCUUCAGCAGGCCCAGCAGAGGCUGCAGUCUAACCAGCCAGGAUUGGUGGAGCAGUCCUGGCUCACAAUGAAAGAGCCAAUCACUAUGAACACUCGUGAAGUAGGGGGCAGGACUGACGAGGUGGAGGAGCUGAUUCGCCGGCAUGAAGCAUUCCGAAAGGCUGCGGCCACGUGGAAGGACCAUUUCAGCUCAUUACGACAGGCAGAGAAGAUGAAGGAGGAACAGAACAAGCCUACUACCUCCUCUCUACUCAGCAGACAGAUGUUCCCUCUCUCAUGUCUUGUGCCCAGCUCCUCCUCCUCUUCUUCUUCCUCGUCUCUUUUCCGAAACCCUCUUCAAGACUCAAUCCUGGAGUCCAAGCCCAGCCCAGAACUCAAAAACUCCUCAGAACACACAGUGGCCCACACACUCACUCAGCGGCUUGGGUCCACUCUGAACCCCUAUAUUAUGGUCAUGAAUGGCUCCUCCUACCAGGGGCUAAACCAGUCAUCAGCAGUCAUGGUAGAGGGUCUUUCCUACCAUGGGCUAAAACAACAGGGAGUUUCAGGUUUGGAUCAUUCCAGCUAUCAGGGGUUAAACCAGCAAAUUGGUGUUUUGGGAGUAAACAGUUCAAGCUACACUGGAUUAAACCAACAGGGUGUUUCAGGAGAAAACAGCUCAAGCUACCAUAGCCUGAACCAUUUAGGUGCUGUGGGGGUGGUAGAGCCCAAAUUGGGAUAUGCUUGGCAGCACCUGAAAUCUGACUGCCUGCAGCCCAAAAUUAACCACAUCCACAAAGCUGUUCCACCUUUACUGGAGGCACAUCGAGCUCAACUUGCCAGUGGCAUAGCAAAUGUGCCAGCUCCUCCUAUGGGCAUGGACCCCUCCCUGGAGAUGAUCCACAGCCGUUUACAGAGAGACCCCCGUGGGAGCCGCUCUGACCCACAGAUGGAUCACCUGCGGCGGGAGAGAGAGUACCGGCUUGGCCGUCAGACUUCCAGUGAGCAGGAGAUUCAGGCGAGACUUAAUGAGCUCCCACUCAUCGUUAGGCAGGAGCGUUACCACAGAAGAAUGGAGAGACAGUCAUCCAGCGAGAAGGAGGGCAGCGGAAAGCAUAGAGUACAGAAACAUGACUCUAGUGAUGCAGACUCCGGGAAAGAGCCGUCCGACAAGAGACCAUCCGGGGAGAAGCAUUCCACUAUGGCUGAGAUUGUUGAACAAGCACAAGAAAGAGAAGCUUGCAAUGCAAGGGGAGAGGUGUACCGGCCAACCAGUAGCCUCUCUGCACCAGUGAGCCAUCUGGAUAGACCCCGGGCUCGUGAUCGUCCCAAACCACGACGAAGACCUCGUCCAAAAGAACCUGAGGAGCCGCGGAGGUCACGUUCUGCACCUUCCCAGAGCGUCCAAUCCACACUCCAACCACCUACACACACCGUCCAUCAUGAGGGCUUCCUCUACCGCAAACAUGAAGAGGAGGGCAAAGAAAGGAGCCCAAACAGUAAAUCGUGGGUUAAUCUGUUCUGCGUGCUCAAGCAAGGAGAGAUUGGUUUCUACAAGGAUGCACGACACAAAACCACACCCUACAAUGAUGAGCCACUUCUCAACCUGGCCAUCUGCACCUUCGACACAACCAAUGGAUACAAAAAGAAGAAGAAUGUAUUCAUUCUCAGGACAUCUGCUGAAGGGAACUACAUCUUCCUGGCUAAGGAUGAGGAUGAUCUAAAGGGCUGGGUCAACAGUAUCAACGCUAGUCUUAAAGAGAUUGAGGAAAUUGCCAAGUGGGAAAAAAAGACAAAUUCCUCCACGGACCCUGACAAAUCAGAGCGUAAGGAGCGCUCAGAAGGGGCGGAGCCAUCCGAGGGGGCAGAGAGAUCAGAGAGGUCAGAAAAGUCGGAGCGUUCAGACCAAUCAGAUAAAAUAGAGGUAUCGGACAAAAGCUCAGAAAAGAAGGACACAUACGAGAAAGAGAGAGGACAACGAGGGGAGAGAGAGAGGGGGGAAAGAGGAGACCAGGGUUCCAGGGGCUCCAGUACUUCAGGAAAAAGCAAAUGACUCAUCUCUCCUUUAUUUACCCAUUCAUCCCUCCUUCUACCCAUCUUUCCAGAGAGCACCGUUGCUGUUUGUCCUGACAGCCUGAUUUUAGGACAGACAUAAUUGAUUAUGUCAUGUGAAAUAUUUAUUGAUGUGUGUGUGUGUGUGUGUGUGUGUGUGUGCCAAUGUGUUAAAGAGAAAGUCUAUGAAAAAUAUGACAGUAAAUGAAAAUAUCCCAGCAUCAGAGGGCCUGUUGAGCUGCCCUGCUUGUCUCUCACAGAAAAGGCACUUUAGACUAUCGAGGAUGACUAUAGCCCUUAAUAUUUUAGAAGCAUUUUCUUGAAGCAAUAUACUGUAUGUAGUAACUGAAAACAGCUUGUUCCAGCCGCUCUGCUCUUCCAAGUGUGUGCGAGAGUAAGUGAUAAAGAGUAUAUUUUCGAGAGAGAAAUCGGAGGUGCAGUAGUUGAUAAUGUUCUCCUAACCAACACCCUCACAGACACCCACUCAGACAUCGGCUGUGUACGGAAUAGCAUACUAACAUACUACUCAUACUAUUGCUGCUGUAUAUAGUAUUUAUACUCUGUACAGUAUGCACAUUUGCCAAAAUGUGCAGUAUAUAACAGAACAUACUGCACGGAUUACUGUAUCCCACCAUCCAAUGUGCCCGAUUUGAACAUCCAUUGCGUGUGAUGAAUCAAUCGAAUUACAACUUAAUAUUAUUGGACUGCCAAAUGUCAAGGCAUUUUUACCUAAAAUUGUACCAAAAAUUGAAAACAGACACAUUUAUUUCUAAAAUAAUUAAAUUGGAUGGCACUCAUUUGCAAAUUAAAUAGGUGACAUGUUGCACACUGUUGCAUAACACCAAUUGGAAUGCCAACUAUUUCACAUGCUAUUGUUAAAUAUAGUAGGCAUGAAACAAUGCAUACUGUGCAGUAUUCAGUAAGUAGUAAGCUAAUAUUCCAUUUCAAACAUAGUCGUUUACACAUGGAUACACACACAGUGCAUCAAGAGUAAAUGUUACCUGUGGCCAUUCUCUCACCUAAGGCUGUACAUGUCUUCCAUCUGCUGCUUAUAAUAAUGGUUUUAAUCAUGUGAGAUGCUUCACAGUGCUGAAGUAAAUGUCAUUCAGUCCAAACUACACUCUCAAAGCAUCAUGAUGAAGAGUUUUAAUAUCAAUCCAUUAAUAUAAUGUGUAACGAUUGCCUGGCAAUGUAUGUGUAUGUGUGUGUGAAUACAGCUCCAUCCAGAAGGAGUUGAAAUGUAUUAUGUAUAUCUCAUUGAUCGUAUUUAUUAAGAUAUUGCAAUACAAAUUUAAAGUGCAACGAUAUCUUUAUUCUUUCCUGCACUAAGUACGAUCAGCCACCCACGUAUGUGUAAAAAUGUGCAGAUUUUUAUCAUAUGUGGCCCUUACAUCAUCCUUUGGUUGUAAAAUGAUUAGUACACAUAAACAUGUGUGUCUGUGAGUUUGUCAUGCUAUAAAAAAAAGAUUGUUUAUAUAUACUGUAUAUACACUGGUGUCCAAAAGUUUAGAAUAAUGUACAGAUUUUGCGCUUAUGGAAAAAAUUGUUACUUUUAUUCACCAAAGUGGCAUUCAACUGAUCACAAUGUAUAUUCAGGACAUUAAUAAUGUGAAAAAUUACUAUUACAAUGAGAAAAAAAAAAUUCUGAACUUCUUAAACUACUUCAAAGAGUUCUCAUCAAAAAAUCCUCCAUGUGCAGCAAUGACAGCUUUGCAGAUCCUUGGUAUUAGCUGUCAGUUUGUCCAGAUACUCAGGUGACAUUUCACCCCACGCUUCCUGUAGCACUUGACAUAGAUGUGGCAGUCUUGUCGGGCACUUCUCACACACCUUACAGUCUAGCUUAUCCCUCAAAAGCUCAAUCGGGUUAAGAUCCAUAACACUCUUUUCAAAUGAUCUGUUGUCCAAUGUCUGUGUUUCUUUGCCCACUCUAACCUUUUCUUUUUGUUAAUCUGUUUUAAAAGUGGCUUUUUCAUUACAAUUAUUCCCAUAAGGUCUGCACCCUUGAGUCUUCUAUUUACUGUUGUAUAUGAAACUGGUGUUGAGCGGGUAGAAUUCAAUGAAGCUGUCAGCUGAGGACAUGUGACACUCUGAUGUACUGUACUUAUCCUCUUGUUUAGUUGUACAUCUGGCCUUCCACAUCUCUUUCUGCCCAGUUGUCCUUUGUCUUUGAAGACUAUAGUGUACACCUUGGUAUGAAAUCUUCAAUUUUUUGGGGCAAUUUCAAGCAUUGUAUAGCCUUCAUUCAUCAAAACCUAAUAUUGACCUUAAGACAUGCCAGUCUAUUGCAUACUGUGGCAACUCAAAAACAAACACAAAGACAACAUUAAGCUUCAUUUACUGAACCAAAUAGCUUUCAGCAGUGUUUGAUAUAAAUGGCAAGUGAUUUUCUAGUACCAAAUUAGCAAUUAAGCAUGAUUACUCAAGGAUAAGGUGUUGGAGUGAUGGCUGCUGGAAAUGGGGCCUAUCUAGAUUUGAUAAAUUAAAUUUUUCAAAUAGUGAUGCUACAGUUUUUUACAUCAGAAAUGUCCUGACUAUACUUUGUGAUCAGUUGAAUGCCACUUCAAAAUUGGUACUGUGAAUAACAGUACCAAUUUCUUUCCAUAAGAGCAAAAUCUGUACAUUAUUCCAAACUUUUGGCCAUCAGUGUAUAUACACACCAAUCUGUCAAAACAUUAAAACCACCUGCCUAAUAUUGUGUAGGUCCCUCUCGUGCCACCAAAACACCUCCAAUCUGCAUCUCAGAAUAGCCUUCUGAGAUGCAAUUCUUCACCAGUCAUCCAUGCGAUAAUCUAAACAGCCAAUAAUGUGGCUGCAGUGCAUAAUAUCAUGCAGAUAUGGUUCAGGAGCUUCAGUUAAUGUUCACAUCAACCAUCAGAAUGGGGAAAAAUUUGAUCUCAGUGAUCUGGAGCGUGGCAUGAUUGUUGGUGCCAGACGGGCUGGUUUGAGUAUUUCUGUAUCUGCUGAUCUCCUGGAAUUUUCACGCACAACAGUCUUUAGAAUUUAAUCUGAAUGGUGCCAAAACCAAAACAAAUCAUCCAAUGAGCGGCAGUUCUGUGGACGGAAAUGCCUUGUUGAUGAGAAUGUUCAACAGAGAAUGGCCAGACUGGUUCGAACUGACAAAGUCUAUGGUCACUCAGAUAAUCUUCUCAUAAUGCUAUUCUGAGAUGCAGGUUGGCUCUGUUUGGCAGCACAAGGGGGACCUACACAAUAUUGGGCAGGUGGUUUUAAUGUUGUGGCUUAUCUGUGUAUAUCAGUAUAUAUACACUAGUAAACAAAAUGUACUUCUAUGAGCUGCAGCGACUAAUUACACAUCAAAUUAUACGUAACAUUUUUAUCAACUUGCGAAAAUGAGACAAGUUAAAAAUUAUUUAUUUUUUAAAGUGCCCCCGGCUGAAGUUGCAACAAAUGCAGUCUCUUGCAUACAAAAAUAUAGAGACUGGGACAAUUUUAUUGUUUAGGGUUUUUUCUUUUUUUUUUGGCCAGAGCAAAAAUCAGCAUUAAAAUGCUCAUCAGAGACCGCUUUUCAUUUAUAUAUUAAGAGAACCGUUGACAGCUUUUGCAAUUACUAGGACAAGGAUGAAGAUUUUCACCUAAACUAGUAUAAAGGUAUAAAUUAGAAUUACAGGGUUAAGAAACAUAAAUAUCAAUAAAUCUUUAAAAUAAUUAAUAAAAUGUGUAUUUUUUUAUUUGUACUGAUAGUCCUUUGGCUUUAGUUUUAAGUUGUUAAUAGCUUUUUUGAGGUCAAGAAUUUCCUCUCUGCUUUCUUAAAAAAAAAAAAAAGUUCUUCACUGGUCGUUGCGGAGUUCAAACUCUGACUGGUACCAUUGUCCAUUAAAGAGCAAAUGUCAGCAUCAUAUUCUAACUAAGACCUAUUGAUUUUUAAGACUGAACCUUGUAGAGCCCUUAAAAAAAAUCAUUGAUCAUAAUUAUAAUGCUACCUAGCCCAACACUGUGUACAAAACUCCGCUUGCAGAAAAACAUUAGGACUAGAGUGAUAUUAUGCAACAAACACAGAUUUGGGAUGCUCUUAUCAAUUGAAGACUUGUCCUUGUUCUUCAGAGGCUGACCAGGGUCAGUAGAUUUAGCAGCAUUCAUACAAUUUCCUAUUGUCACAUGGCACAAAAUAGAAACAAAUUAUACUGCAGCCAAUCACAUGACAGAAUACAGACCACCGAUCAUUCCUUUUCUCACACCAAUCCUGUUCUGGCCUAGUCAGUGUUUAAGUGUGAUUUUGUCCUAGUGUGAUGGAGUAAAAUUCGCACUAAAUUAGAAACAUACUUUGAUCAUUAUUCCAUAAAAUACUCCAGAAAAUUUGAUAUUUUGUGACUGUUGUUUCUGAUAAAUGUGAUUGAGAAUGAAUGUAUGUUUAUUACCACUGUUUUUGUGUCUGUGUCAUAUUUGCUGAAGCAAUCCCAUCCCCCAAAAGACAAGCAAACAGUCAACUGACACCCCCCACCAGAGAAUAUCCAAAAAGAUGAUUUGACUCAUUUGACUUCACUUUUGAACUCUUUUACUUAGCCAAAAUUUGUUACAGAGUGACCUCACCUAGGGUAUGCCUGUAAAAAAAAAGCACAAUUUCACCCAAAACAAAGCAAUCUGGAGUUUUAGAAAUGACACACCAUGAUCCCUGCAGUUCUAAAAGCAGCCACAUACGGCACUUCUUUCCUCUGUGAGCAGCUGCAAAGGCAAACUCUUAUGGUGAAAUAAACUUUCCUGUGAACUCAUCACCUUCACCUGAAUGUAGUCACUAGAUGAUCUCAAUAUCUGUCAGUGAUUUUUUGACCUGUUAGUCAGUUUUCUUUGUAAAGCCUUGUAUAAUUUCUUUAACUGUGCCACUUGUCAUUUUCUCCACCUCACAAUUUAUUUCUGAAAGAAAUGGAAAAGCCCUUAAAUAACGGAGAAUGUGGUUUUCCCUUUUUUUUCCGAUAAAGAUAGUUAUUUCACACAUGGAACUAAAGAAAAACACUAUUAAGUUGCAUGAAAGAGAAUAUAGAGGUGAUUUCUAUGCAACAGCUGUGCAUGUUUAUCAAAAGGGUUUCAACCUUCCGCAAAGCACUGGGUUUGGGUCAUGUUUAUGAUAAUAAUGAUGAUGGAGAAAUGAGUGAGCAGAUCACUUGUAUAGCUGAAAUGAGACAUUAUAUCAUUUAUGUACUGAUAUCUGCACUAAUUCAUAAAUACAGGUUGUAU